AUGGGCCGACAAAAGCGUCCCCUGGGGCCCGCGCGAAAGCGCCGGCGCCUGCUGCAGACUGUCAGGAGCCUGCCCCGGCAAGUGGAGCUUGGCUCUCUGGGGCGCUUGCGCUUCCAGCGCUACGAGGUGCGUGGCCGCACCGAGACGUUGCUUGUCGUGCGGGGCUUUGCGUCCCACGUGAGGCAUGAGGACGCCCUAUGCUGGGCGAAGGAGACCCCAUGGGGCUAUGACGGUUCUGCCGACGACAUGCAGUUCCUAACUCAGUGGCAGUUCCUCGACAUAGAGGAGCUUGCUGGGCUCUUGCAAUGCCGAGAUGCCGUCCGCACCGUGAACCGCCACGUGACCGAGGCAAGCAUGGCAAGCCAAAGCAGCCCGCUUAAUUCUUUGUUUUAUAAAACAAUAUCAAGCGUAUAUGUUUUAUAA